AUGGCUGCUGGCGCUCUUGCUGCUCUGAAUCGUCCGUUUCCGCAGCUCCCCCGUGUCCACGCGCUUAUGAAAACCACUGCUACCAAGUUAGAGGCUGUAGGGCAUAAGUUUGGUCUUCCAGUACAGGCAAGCAUGAUUGUACUAGAUUUUAAAGCUGCUGGUAUGCCAAAUGCUGCUGUGGUUAAUUAUUGCAAAGAGAUUGGCAUCACUGUUUUCCCAGGGGGAAGGCUAGUGUUUCAUUAUCAGAUGUCGACGGAUGCGGCAGAGAGGUUGGUAAAAGCCCAGUCUCUAGUAAUUCAAGAUGCAAAAACCGGAGCUUUAGAAUAUGAGGCCCCCGGAUGUUUAACAUUAUGA